AUGGCACCUCAAACCAGUUCUGCUGAUGCACCGAGGGAUCCCAAUGCGGAGCCGUCGUUGCUGCCUCAUCACACCGUUUCAUAUCUUGCUGCGAACAAGGCCCCGUCCAUCGUGGCGGUGACUGUCACGCUCUCGGUUUUGAGCACCAUUUUUGUUGCCGCCCGGCUCUUCACGAGGCAGAAGAUCAUGGGCAAGAUGCAUCUCGACGACUGGCUUGUGGCAUCGUCUAUUCCCUGCCUGUGGACGUGCGUGGCGACGGCCAUUGUCGCAACACAGAAUGGCAACGGCAAACACUUCGACACUCUCAGUCUCAACGACAAGCAAGGCGCCAUCUUCUGGACGACCCUCGGAAUACCCUUUGCUGUCACGUCCUUUAGCAUACCCAAGCUGGCUGUGGUCGCACUGCUCCAGCGCCUAUUAGUUCCCCGCAAGUGGCACCGCAUCUUCCUUUGGACCUUGGCGCUGCUCUGUGUGGGUGCUCAGCUCGGCUGCGUCGUCAUCCUGUAUGCCCAGUGUUCACCUACGGAGUCACUGUGGAAUUUUAGUAUCACCGAGAAGACUUGUAUUGACAAGUGGGUUCUCGUUGACUUUUCCAUCUUUGCCGGUGGGUUCUCCGCCGUGACCGAUCUAUACCUCGCCGUGUAUCCGGCUGUUGUGCUGUGGAAGCUGCAGCUCAACGUCCGAAAGAAGAUUGCGCUAUGUGUGGCCCUGGGUAUCGGGUCAAUUGCUACCAUUGUUGCCAUUUACAAGUGCACGCGUCUGCCAUCGCUGGCCAGCGACGAUUUCUCCAGCUUCGAGGCCGCCACCAUCAUCAUCGCUUGCUGUAUUCCGGUCUUGCAGCCACUAGUCGAUCUACUCUUCGGCCGUCGCACCUUGAAUGGGUCUUCGGGAUACCAGAACUACGGCUCCUCGGGUCGCGGUCGUAUGAAAGGCGACAUGGAACUGGACGACAACGGUCGAAACCGCAGCAAGAAUCAGAGCCAUGUGGGCACCAAGCACACGGUUCAUGUUGACUCAAGAAUUAGAGAUACGGAUGUGGGUUCUCAAGAGAGCAUUCUUCGGGACGAUGACGUGGACACGAACAGGCAAGGCCACGGUUGGCGAAAGAAGGAGCGCAAUGGUCGCAUCGUAAGGACUGAUGUCGUGACUAUCACGUACAAUCAAGGGGAUGACAGCCGAAGGGAGGCUGCGCCUGCUGAUGAUCCAACCGACUGA